AGAGCUGGUUUAUAGAGACGAAGAAGAAGAAGAAGAAGAAGAAGAAGAAGAAGAAGAAGAAGAAACAGAGCUGGUUUAUAGAGACGAAGAAGAAGAAGAAGAAGAAGAAGAAACAGAGCUGGUUUAUAGAGACGAAGAAGAAGAAGAAGAAGAAGAAGAAGAAGAAGAAACAGAGCUGGUUUAUAGCGACAUAGAUGAAGAGCUGCUUGUGUAAAAGAUCGGAAUCUUUUAGAGCUGUGAAGAAAUCACUGCAUUUCAUCUGACAGAUCCACAGCAACUCAUCUGUCAUGAGGCUGAUUUUCAUUCUCCUGUGUUGGACUGGUGCUUUGCUGGUCACCGUAUCCAAAUUACCACCGUUCCGUCACAAAUACCAUGUGAUCAUGACCCGCAUGACCUGGCUUCAGGCUCAGAACUACUGCAGGGUGAAUUACAAAGACCUGGCAACCAUUGAAAGCAGUGAUGACUGGGAAAGACUGACAAAAGAAGUGAAGAGAGUGAAGCUGACCGAUCGUGCCUGGGUCGGAUUAUACAACGAUAUCGAUAGCUGGCGCUGGUCUUUAGACGACCUUCCACUGAAGAACAUUACUCUAAGGAACUGGGGCCUUGGAGAGCCGAAUAAUGUCAAUGGGGAUCAAUCAUGUGUUUACAUAAAUAUUUUCGGAAGAUGGAUUGAUUAUGCCUGCACAGGCACAAAACAUGUUAUAUGUUUUGAUGCUAGUAACACUGGUCCUGACCGCUUUGUUGCUGUUCCUAGUCCUCUGAUGACCUGGACUGAGGCUCAGUCUUACUGCAGAACAUUUCACACCGAUUUGGCCAGCGCACUCAACCAAGCGGACAAUGACCUGCUACAUAGAUUGGCGUCUGGCCAGGGUCCGUCCUGGUUUGGGCUGUUUAGGGACACUUGGAAGUGGUCAGAUGGCACCAUCCCUACUAACCUCCUGUGGGAUUUAGGACAACCCAAUAAUUUUUAUAAAGAUGAAGACUGUGGAGACUUUUUUUGGGGAGCGCUCACUGACCGUCAGUGUAGUGAACUUUAUUACGUCAUCUGUCACACUCUUCUACCGGUGAAGGAACGGCAGGUAAUGACGCUACAGGUGAAGUCUGAUGGCAGUGUGUUAGAUCCUGCUGUACAGUCGGCUAUUUUAGAGCAGAUCAAGAAAAAGCUGAAGGAAAAUGGCGUGAUGGAGAACACCACAGUGAGCUGGAGAGUUCGGCCAGAUGGACAGAUCUUCCACAAUAAAAAGGAUGACCUGUGAAGAGUAUACUGUCGUGCUAGAAUUUUAAUUAUCUAUUCACUUACUCACAUUACUGUAAAUCUACUUAAAUCAAGAGAAUCAAGGGUAACGUUUAGUUUUAAUAGUUUAGUAACAGGUCUGUAUAUUAAACAGAGAUGUGUAGUGCUUCAUUCUUUUAUUCUCUUUUUUAUUUUCCUUAUUUCAAAAGUCUUUAGUCAUCUUUUUUGUAAGAAUGUUGUUUUGGGCUGGAACAUAUUUAUCUUUAAAAUGUAUCUAUUAGUCUGAAUAAAUCUCUCAGCUGAUCAGAUCUUCAGUUUCUGCUCAGGUUUAGAGGUUUAAUCCCUAUGAUGUUGCUGGAAUAUUUCUUUUAACUUAUUAACUUUUAUCUCUUUCUUUAAUUUAAAUUUCUCUGGAGUAGAAAGUUUGUGGAUAUAACCAUUUUUAAAUAAUAUAUUCAGUUCAUUUAAUAGUUUAUUUAAUAGGUAGUAAUUUAAUAUGUCAGGUAAUUAAAUAA